AUGGCAUCCCAAGCGCUCCCUCUCCGAUCCCGACUACUCUCUUCAAAACUCUUCAUCUUCGCCCUCUUCUUCUUCUCCAUCAUCACAAUCACCUUGGCAGGCGACGAUGCCACUUCAACCCCCGCUCAACAGAGCGCUCCGUUCGUGGACCAGGCAACUGGCCUGAACAUGGAGCGCUUCUUCGGCGCCCGAACCUCAUUCGCCUUCGCCAUGGCCCUUCCCGAGCAGAACGGGACCGCCGGAGCCGGGUCCUUCAUAGGGCAACUCUCCUUUCCUCUCGUCAACGGUGCCGGAUGGGGCGCCAUGGGCUUGACCGGCGAGAUGGAGGGCAACUUCAUUCUGGCCGCGUGGCCGGAUGGCGCUGGCGGUGUGAUGGCCUCUUUCCGACAGGCAACCGACGAAGACAACCCACCCGAAGUCAAGGGCAACUUUGCCGUUCGACCCAUCGCCGAAGGCGUUUCCGUCAACGCCACCUCUCUCACCUACACCUUCCUCUGCGAAAACUGCCUCGAUACAACAUUGGGACUGGGGCCGGAUGCUACGAAUGCGAACGCGGUCAUGGGAUGGGCGCUGUCUGAAAAGGCAGUCAGGAACCCGACCGAUCCUGGGGCGAAUCUUGGAUUUCACGAGCGUGGGUUUGGACCGUUUACUGCGAGGUUGGGGAAUGCGAGGACGGCGCAGUUUGCGGCGGUGGCUGCGACUGCUGGACAACCGGUAGCAGGUUCGGCCAAGGCCGUCGCUGCAACGCCGAAUGCUUUUAAAGAUGGCGGCGAUGACGACGAUGAUGAUAAGAAGAAGGGUGGUAGUGGUGGUGGUGGAAAGAAGGAUGAUGACGAUGAUGAUGACUGA